AUGGCAUCAGCUGCAGGAAAGGAAGAACACGACGUGGAGGAUACUAUACAGACUCCAGCUGCAUCGGCCUCUGCAUCCAAAAAGAAGGGCAAGAAGAAAGCCGCAACAGCUGCUGCUACAACAGACAGCGCGGCAGAUGAUGCUUUGGAAGCCAGCAAGCUCAUUGAAAUGAUUAAAGAUGGAAAUGCAUUACAAAAACUAGUAAAUUCAGGUGCUGAUGCUCUGAAAAGUGCUGGUGGCAGUAGUGACAAGACAACACCUGGAAUCUCUGGCGUCUCUACCAAAGAUUUGGCAGCUAUGGACUCGUUAUUAAAACGCUUUAAUAUGACCGAGAUCAUGCAAAACUUGCAGUUGGAUGCUAGAGGUCGUCCUAUAAUCAAGGAUAUGAAGGACCACAAGUUCUGGAUGACACAACCUGUGCCGGCUUUUGAUGAUGCCUCAAAAGUGGAUGGAGUGAUUGAGGAUCCUAAAGCUGCCGAUGAGAUUCGAAAGGAACCAUAUGCUCUGCCCAAAGACUUUGAAUGGUCUACCGUGAAUGUUGACAAUGACGCCGAGAUCAAAGAGUUGUACGAGCUGCUAUCCCUAAAUUAUGUGGAAGAUGACGACAACAUGUUUCGAUUUGACUAUUCUGCCGAUUUCUUGAAGUGGGCUUUAAAACCACCAGGUUGGAAGCCACAAUGGUUGAUUGGAGUAAGAGUUACAUCGAACAGAAAAUUAGUAGCCUUCAUCAGUGGAAUUCCUGCUACAUUACGAGUUCGAGAGCACUCACAGCAGCUAGUCGAAAUCAACUUCCUAUGUGUACACAAGAGAUUACGAACGAAGCGUCUAGCACCAGUUCUCAUCAAGGAAGUGACAAGGAGAGUUCAUACGGAGGGCAUCUUUCAGGCUGUAUAUACAGCAGGCGUUGUAUUACCAAAACCUAUCGCUACCUGCCGAUACUAUCACCGGUCUCUCAAUCCUAAAAAGCUCAUUGAGACACAAUUCUCUCAUUUGGCCAAAAACAUGACAAUGGCACGAACGAUUCGUUUAUAUAAGCUACCUGAUGAUCCACAAACUCCUGGUUUACGGGCCAUGACGAAAGCAGAUGUCCCAGCCGUUACAACUUUAUUGAAUACCUAUUUAACACGUUACAAGAUUGCACCCACCAUGUCGAAAGCUGAAGUUGGUCAUUGGCUGCUACCGUUGCCAUCUGUGGUUUCCAGUUUCGUUGUCGAGGAUCCUGGAUCACACAAAAUAGUCGAAUUCAUAUCAUUCUAUUCUCUGCCAUCAACAGUCAUUGGCAAUCCCAUACAUACACACAUCAAUGCGGCCUAUUUGUUCUAUUACGUACCAAAAGAAGGAAACAGUCUGAACUUGAUUCGAGAUGCCCUGAUUAUGGCAAAGAAGGCUGACUUUGAUGUAUUCAACUGUCUCGAUUUGAUGCAAAACGAAGUGGCAUUGAAUGAACUCAAGUUUGGUAAAGGAGAUGGGUCGUUGAACUAUUACUUGUACAAUUAUCGCGCACAGGACAUGAAACCACAAGAUGUGGGGCUAUUACUUCUGUGA